CUCUCAUUGGAAGACUGAGACAAAGCAAGACUAUUAUUUUGCUUCGUUGCGAUGUUCCAACCUUCUAAAUACAGUAGGGCUAUUAUAAUAAUAGCUCGAUCUGGGCUGCUGUAUUUGGCUCGGGUGGGUUUUGCUAGAUUCGAUUUCACGAGGUGCGCAAACACCUAGUGUGAACCGUCCUUGUAAAAUCCACGAGAGCCGAAUACAAAAUCCCAGAUCUAGCCACUGUUGUAAUUACCCUUUUAUUAUAUACCUCCACCUUUUUUGUUUGUUGUUUUGUUAUCGAACGAAUUCUUAAAUGUUUGUCUAUGUUAAGAUAGAAAUUUGUGAAGUUUUUGUGUGCACUAAUUAUAGAAUUGUGUUUGAUCAUGUACAUUAAAUGAAAAUAGUCCGGCAACAUACAACACAAAAGAUACAAUACGAAUUGUCUUUCUGCCUGCUCAUAUUUACUUAUGAAAUACAAGCUGUAUUUUUGACAGAAUUUAUAUUUGUAUUUAAUUAUAUUAGUGUGUUGAUGCUUCGGAAUAUUACAUGCAAGAAUAAAUCCAUUUAAGUGUCUGUCUAAUUUUGAAAAUAAUGUAAUAUCUGCUAAUUCUAUUGAAUAACCCUUGCAUGGUUGUGUAAUGCGAAAGAUAUUAUUUAUUCAAAAGCUUGAAGUCAUGUGAUAGAAUUACGUUAAACAUCAUAUGAUCGCGUGUCUUUGAAGAUAACGGGGAAAAACGAAAAUUUCUUUAAGAGUGGUUUCUAGUUAUUAUACUGUCAGUUUAUGAACGUUUAGGAACUUUUGCUUUGAAAGCUGACAUGGAUUAAAAAUGAGGUUUCUCUUGUUUGGAUGUGUCUUGACUUGUGUGGAAGUCUGGACCUUUAUAUCCUCUGCUGGUAUAAGCUUCACGAAAUACCACUAUGAUCUCAAUUUAGCUGGAUAUCGGUGUGUUCCUCACAAAACUGUCUUUGAAACUGACAACGUAUCUGAUCCUGUACAAUGUGUAAAGCAAUGUCACCUCACUAAAAAAUGUCGUAGCGUGUUCUACCAACCGGAUUCUAACAAGUGCAUCGGGUGUCGUAAUAAUCCUGACAUCCAGACAGCAAAUCUGAAAACGUGCAAUGGUUCACAAUACAUUCGAUCUAAACCAGUUUACACUGAAGAAACAGACUGCAAAGCUAUUUUGAAGGACAGGCGCUCUGCACCAAGUGGCAUAUAUAAAAUAAGAUUAUGGAAGUCAAAGAAAAUAAUAUCAGUAUUCUGUGAUAUGGACACAGAUGGUGGAGGCUGGACGACGAUUCAUACCCGGUUUGACGGUUCGACUGACUUCAACAGAAGUUUCUCCGAAUACGAAAAUGGCUUUGGUGCGGUUAAUGGUGAAUAUUGGCUAGGACUGAAAUAUAUUCAAGAACUCGCUGACAAAGGUACAAAUGAGAUUCGACUGGAAGUGACGAGUAAACAGGAUGAAGAUUACUUCGAAAACUAUAAAGACUUCAAGCUGUUAAAUGGCUCCGAUUACGUACUUUCAAUCAAUCCCGACACAGCAGAAUCGUAUCCAGUUUUGACAAACGGCUUCUUGGCGUUUGCCUAUUUGAAGGGUUAUCCAUUUUCAACCUUCGACAGAGAUAUGGAUGCAUGGAAGGACAACUGUGCCCGGUUAGAAAGAGGCGGAUGGUGGUAUCGCGACUGUGGGAGUAUGAACCUUAACGGUGAAUUUUGUGAAUAUUCCUGCGACCACAAAACCUACAGCGUAGAAAUAGGUUAUUAUGUGUACGGAUUUGCUGACUCGAAACAACUGAAGACAUCUCGAAUGUUAAUAAGACGCUAUGCAAAAUGAAACACACUUCGACCGAAACAAAGCCUGAUAAGGAUUGUAUACUUUUCCAGUAAUUGGAAAAUAUAUUUCGAACAUUCAUAGUACUAGAACAUUUUGUCUAAAUUAGCCAUGAAUUAUUGUUACUUUAAGUACAAAGGUGUUGUAAUAUAAAAUUUAAAAGUGACUAGCGACAAUAACAACGUACUACUUACGUAGACCAUUGCAUAAUAUAUCUCAGUAAGUUUUGCCAUUUAAAAGUUGCUGUAAACACUGCAAAAACUUAAAUGGUAUUAUUUUUCACGCAAUUGUGUAAAUCCCUGUUAUGCAUCUUAACGCUUUUAUCCACAUUUCAUAGUGCACUACAAAGCUACGUCUGCGUACCUCAAUUAAGGAACUCAACACCCGAGUGAGGCUCCAACGCACAUCUGUCAAAGGCAAGUGUUUUGAACUCAGCGACCUUAACCUGUCGUACAGAGGCCCACGACCAAAUAAACAUAUAUUCGUAAUGAAAUUAGCAGUAAAGUAUAUCUAUUAUCACAAUAGUACACAGAAAAAUAUGGCAAAAACGUUUACAAGUGUAAUGUAGUGAUGUACAAUGUUUAACUUAUGCAAUUUUCAUGUUGCACAGAGUAAAAGGUAAUGCACAUAUUUGCAUCUGAAGCCUCAUUUUUAUGUAGUAUAAUGUAGCCGACAAAUUGAUGCAUGCAUACAGACUAAACAGAGAUGCAAUAUUUUGCAUCAGUUCAUGUCGAAAUAUCUUAAUGCCUCGUUUAAGUCAUUUGUAUAUGUUCUUUUGUGAUAAGAAAAAAACCCAGAAAUAUUUCAAAUUUGCAAGCUCUGUGUCAUUUGUCAGUUAAAUGGACACUAAACUAAUAAUAUUGAUCUUACAAAAGGUUCAUGUUUAUUUUGUUUUACAUUCUUAUGUCGUCUUUCAUAGCAUACUACUUGAACAAAUUAUGAAUCAUAUAACACAAAAGUAGGUGACUAUUACCUAAGUGUCAUUGUGUAUUAUCUAGAGAUCCUCUUGAAAGUAAGCAUGAAUUUUCGUACAUCAAUUUAAACAAAAAAUGUUAGUUAUUUCACAGAUUCUAUUAGCUAACACAACAGCAGUCUUUAAGUGUUGUAUGGCGGCUGUAAAACGUUUCCUCGUACUUAGACUUAGUGUUGUUAGACUGUGACUCAAUGCAGACUUGGAGCGUCGGUUUAAAUUACAGACUCCGGUACAUACCGGAUUAACUGAAUUUGAACGAAAAUACUUUAAAUGUAUAUAUUUAGUAACCAUGGUGAUAAUAACCCUAACCUUUAGUCAGUAUUUUAUGCAUAUUGUACACUAAAUGCAUGCGGACAUGCAAAACUAUGCUACAAUUGAUAAUCCCUUUCGGGCAUGCACAGAAGACCGCUCCAAGUCUGUUAUGAGUUACAUCGGUGUUGUUAUAUCUAUCAUGGAAUACAUUCAUUAGUACUGUAAUUGCAACCCACUUCAACAAGUGCUAGAGGGUGUGAGAGGUGUUGCCCAUUUCAUAACCUCUCAUGAACACAAUCAAUUAAACCUGGUCUGUUAUCAUGUUGCUUUUAAACUUACAGAAGACAUUGGCAAAGAUUUUAUUUGUAAUUGAUGAUGAUAUGAAUAUGAACCUAAUCUGAACUAUGUUUCUACCACUUCUCAUUUUUAAUUAGACUAUUAUAACUUUGAGCUCAGACGGUCAGCAGAUCUUCCUUGUUACAAACCAAGCCGUUUCGCUCAUGUACUUUUAUACACUAACUCACUGUUUUGUUUUUCUGAUUUAAUAUUUCAGUGUUUGGUAAAAGUUUGUGUAUUCUAUGUUGUAUAUUUUUUUGUAUUAUAUUGAAUUUAAGUAAGACAACUGUGUUAGAGAAUGCAGCUGGCACGAUAACAUGGGAUGAAAGGUGUUUUUAGUGCAACAUGCAACUAAACGUAGGAUUCCAUAUUUAAACAGUUUUUAAAGGUUAAAAUGCAGUUUCUUUGAAAAGUAUGAAAUAUUAUGAAAGAGUGUUAUUCGUUGGCAGCAUGUAUGUCUGUAAAGGUUGAAAUAUCGUAUUUUACAAUCCAGGUGUAAGAAAAGGAUUGGUAAAAUGAUUGCGUUAUACAAUAAAACUUGCAUGUUUCAAAAUAUAUUGCUACGUGCAUCAGUGUCACUGCAUUUUUAUGAGAGCGGUAAUUGACCGCAAUGUCAUAUCAAAAUUUAUUGCAUUAAUUCAGAAAUAUGAGUGUCUUGUAUUACUUUUGUAAAAAACAAUACAUUUAUUUAAUGUAAUUGAUAUUUUUUUAAUGUGGAAUCAUCGCUCUUACAAUUAUACUAGUAGCAGUGUUGAAAUACUGCGGAGGUAUAUUAGUAAGGUUACAAAUUAUAUAAAUAGUAUCGACACAUGCUUUCAGAUGUUUUAAAACUGGAAUUUGAGAAAAAAAGACGUUUCAAGCCAGUAAAUAUAUAAGUAAUUAUUGAAUUUUUGUCACAGAUUUGAUGGUACAAAAGGACAUACUGUUCUGAUAAAAUGAAUUAUAUUCACUGUAUAUCUAUAUUUGUGUAUAUGCUUUGAUUUGAUGUAUGAGAAGAAGUUUAAUUUUUUUCUGUAUGCUUUAUCUAAUUACAUAUGUUUAUGUAAUUCUGUGCUGUUUUUCCAAUCAAGAAAAUGAGAACAUUGGGAAAAAAGAAUAUCAUUAUUUAUAUUACCGCCAGGUUUAAACUUAGAAAGAAACGAAAUUUAGUCCCAAAACAAAUAACGUGAUGCAAACAAAACUAAAUGAUCACAGUAUAAAAGCAUUUGUGAUUUUCUGUGAUGUAUGAUCAAAUAUAACAAUGUAUGUGUUUAUUUUAUUUGAGUGAACUGUUCUUCUAUGUUGUAAUAAACUAUUUGAAAGAA